CCCAAGUCAGACGAUGGCCUCCGAAGAAGGGGCCGGGGCGGCCAAGCCCGGCAAGAGGAAGCGGCAGGCGGGGAGGGGAGGCCGGCGGCGGGAGCUCUACAUCUGCUCGGAGUGCGGCGAGACUUUCCCCUCGCUGGCCGGCGUGAGGGCGCACGCCCGCAGCACCCAGCACCGGGGCACGGCGCCGGCGCCGGCCGGCAAGGAGUCCGGCGGCGAGGGCAAGUCGACGGCGGCGGAGAAGGAGAAGGAUGAGGAGGAGGAGCAAGACGGCAAAGCUGCGACGGGGAGCGACGCCGGCGGGGAGGCCGAGCGCGGUGCGGAGGGCGACGGCAAGGGACAGAGCGCCGGGGGGGCGGCGCGCCGGGCUGGAGGGGGGCCCCGCCGCUACCCCUGCCCCUCGUGCACCAAGGCCUACCGGACGGCCUCCGAGCUGCAGGCCCACGCCCGCUCCCACACCGGCGAGAAGCCCUUCGGCUGCCCCGAGUGCGGCAAGCGCUUCGCCCGCGCCCGCUGCCUGCGCGUCCACGCGGCCCAGGCCCACGCCGCCGGCGAGGGGGAGGGGGAGGGGGACGGGGCCGGCGGCGACUCGCGGCCCUGCCGCUGCCCCCACUGCGGCAAGGCCUGCGCCACGCCGGCCAAGCUGCGGGUCCACGAGCGCCAACACACGGGCGAGCGGCCCUACGCCUGCCCCGAGUGCGGCAAGCGCUUCGCCGACCCCUCGGUGUGCCGCAAGCACCGGCGGGCGCACGCCGGGCACCGGCCCCACGCCUGCGAGCACUGCGGCAAGGCCUACGCCGAGCUGAAGGACCUGCGCAACCACCAGCGGCGCCACACCGGCGAGCGGCCCUUCCAGUGCGCCGCCUGCGGCAAGGCCUUCGCCCGCUCCUCCUCGCUGGCCUGUCACCAGCGCAUCCACGCCGCGGAGAAGCCCCACCGCUGCCCGGACUGCGGCAAGGGCUUCACCCAGCGCUCCAGCUGGAACAACCACCGGCGCACCCACUCCGGCGAGCGGCCGUACCUGUGCGCCGCCUGCGGCCGCCUCUUCGCCGACCCCUCCUCCUUCCGGCGCCACCAGCGCUGCCACGCUGGCCUGCGCCCCCACCCCUGCGACCGGUGCCCCAAGCGCUUCCGCCAGCCGGCCGACCUGGCGCUGCACCGGCGCACCCACACCGGCGAGCGCCCCCACCCCUGCCCGGACUGCGGCAAGGCCUUCGCCGCCUCCUGGGACCUCAAGCGCCACCGGCUGGCCCACUCGGGGGCCCGCCCCCACCCCUGCCCGGACUGCGGCAAGGCCUUCGCCGAGCGGGCCGCCUUGACCAAGCACCGGCGCACCCACACCGGCGAGCGGCCCUACCGCUGCGCCCACUGCGACAAGGCCUUCGUGGUGUCCUCCAGCCUGCGCAAGCACGAGCGGGCGCACGCCCAGGAGCCCUGCCCCCUCUGCCCGGCCGUGCUGGAGGGGCGGGCCGCGCUGCGGCGCCACCAGCGGGCGCACCCGCCCCCCCCGGCCCUGCCCACCACCCCCGCCGCCGGGGUCACGGCCCAGCCCUCCCGCCGCUUCCCCUGCCCGAGCUGCGGCAAGGCUUUCGCCAGCCGCUCUGGCCUGCGCCGGCACCAGCUCUCCCACCCCGAGCCGGGCGAGCGGGAGGAGGGCGAGCGGGAGGAGGGGGAGGAGGGGGAGGGGGCAGGAGGAGAAGGGGGGUCAGCCCCGGCGCCGCCCACCCCAGCCGAGCGGCCCUGGCUCCAGGGGCGCUGCCCGGCGGCCGACGCCAUGUUCCUGGUGGUGCCCGACCCGGCCAAGCCCCCCGGGGCCGGGCUCAAGCCCCCGGCCGAGGGGGCGGGCGGAGCCCCCCACCCCAUCGACCCC